GUAACAAAAUUCGCAGUGGAUCACUGGAUGAUUACUGUACUUCCAAGUUGCAGGUCUUCCGACACUACUGACCUGGGCGCAUGGUCAAUCCAGUCAUGUUUUGCGGCCGAUCGCAUCCUUAUUAAUUACAAGAGCUACAACGCGAUCCUAUGACUAUCAUCGUCAGUUUUAUAAACAUUUUUGUUUUUAUACUAUAAUAUUGCACUUACAGAAUUAAUAUUAGUUUUACUAGUUAUUAACUGUUAAGCGCCCCUUGCCAUUUUGUUUCAAUUUUAUAGUUGACUAGUUUCGAGUUAUCCAUUAAUCCAGGCACAGCGCUGAAACUCCUUGUUUGAUUGCUCUCCGUGCCACGCCUUGCCUUUGCAAUCGUUUUUGUUAAAACUGCGAUAUUUUUCGUAGAUUUACCAUGGCUGAUUCUACCGUAAUCUCGGAAGUUUCUUCGAUGAUCUCUGAAGACGGAAGUCCGUCGCAUGAUUACUCUCCAGGAACUUAUGUGUUCGGGUUGUGCAAUGGCGACAAGCGAUGCCGGUAUAGUGUCACUUGGUGCGAGGAUAAAACCCAUGCCUUGCUGGCUCCGCAAGAAAUCCGACUGCCAAAAGAUAUACUGGGCGAAGGAUUGUUAGUUCAUCUGAUUUCCCAGCAGCAGCAACAGUUCUACGAGGAUGCCGUUAUCACCCAUGUGGGCGACGAGAACUCCCAUACCUGCCGGACUCUGAAAGGCGCCAUCAUACAGGUCCAUAUAAAGGACAUUAUGAUUAAAGGCUCAAAGUUGAACAAGUUUCUGCAGAGACGUCAGAAUUCAGCAGCGCAUCAAAACCAUACUCGUACAGAAGCACGUGAUCCAGGUUUUUCAAAAAGAUCUGUCUCCGUUCUAUCUUCCGAAGAGCGCACUGAAUCUAGUCCAAAACGACCGGUAAACAAUACUUCUACAGAUCCUAACUUGCUAGCUGGAUAUACUUUGAUCAUUACCCAGGCUAAUCGAAUUCCAUCAUGGAAAAAACGGGAUCAACUUAUCGGGAAAAUUGUAACAAUGGGCGGAAAAAUCGUAAACAAUGUCAGCGAUUUCCUUGAGGAUACAGGAGAAAAACUCUUAAUCGCUCCAGAAUUUUUGCGUACGGUGAAGUAUCUACAGUGCCUUGCAGCAAGCAUUCCCUGUAUUUCGGAGAAAUGGGUGGAUGCGGUUUAUAAUUCCAACCAUUUGUUCGACUAUACUCAGUUCCUACUUCCGGCUGGCAUUGCGAGACCUAGCGGAGAGUUAGUUGGCUGGCAGUCUUGUUCGAUCCCGCUGGAAGGUAUGCAGAUUGGGUUAUGCGGUGAACGAUGGUUUAACGACAUGUAUACGGAGACUCUAAAGGUUUCCAAAUCGGGAGCGGUAGCCGUUGUCCUGGACGAAAAGAAUCAGUUUCAAAACAUAAAGUCGUGCACUUUAAUCCUGAUGGACGAAAAUGAAGCAAAAGAUGAACUGUCACUCCGGAAGAUAUUAGAUGCUGCAAAAAGUGCCGGGCUGGCAGUUUUAGGAUCCGAGUGGCUUAUUCAGUGUAUUAUCCAGAAACGUGCUGUCGAUUUCCAACCUUUCGUUUUUUCCGACUAAAGUGUUGACUGUAUGUUGGGGAAUAAUCGUAUUGAUCAAUUCUAGUCCACAUCCGAUCCCUGUGCUUUACUGUUGUUUAACGCUUCGAUUUUUUAAAUGGUUAACUUCUUAAUAAAAAUUCUAUAUGCAG